CAUCUUAUCAUGUUCACACAUAACUCAGUCCACAGCUGACCAACUUCUGGACGUCUUUCUGAAUAAGGGCUGAAAUUUAUCCCGUUGCCAUAGAAACGACGGUGAACAUGAGGCUGUGGAGGAGGACUCUGGGUGUCCUCUUACUGUGGGCCUGUCUGGACUCCGCACUCUCCCGAGGCUGCUCCUCGUUUUUCUGCCGAAAAUCUCACCGUGUCAGCGGCCUGAAUGGAGUCGACCCCGGGUCUCCUCUCUUCCUCACUCCCUACCUGGAGAAGGGAGCCAUAGACGAAGCCAGGAAACUGAGUCUGGUAGGAGACCUGCCAGGUGCCAACGUCAAGAGCUAUGCAGGGUACCUCACUGUCAACAAGAAAUACAACAGCAACCUCUUCUUCUGGUUCUUCCCUGCACUGAUGGCACAGCGAGAUGAUGCUCCAGUCCUGCUCUGGCUGCAAGGCGGGCCCGGUGGCACCUCCAUGUUCGGUCUCUUUGUGGAACACGGACCAUAUGUGGUGUAUAAGAACAUGACUGUUGGUUUGAGGGAAUACGCUUGGACAACGAGAUACUCAGUUUUGUACAUUGACAAUCCAGUCGGAACAGGUUUUAGCUUCACUGGUGAUGACAAAGGUUUUGCUCAGGACCAGGAUGAUGUUGGCAGAGAUCUGUAUAGUGCUUUAACACAGUUCUUCCAGAUCUUUCCCGAGUAUCAGUCCAGUGAGUUUUACGCAACUGGGGAGUCUUAUGCAGGGAAGUAUGUUCCAGCUAUUUCUUACUACAUCCAUAAAAAUAACCCCACCGCCCAAGUGAAAAUUAACUUCAAGGGAAUGGCUAUUGGUGAUGGGCUCUGUGAUCCAGAACUGAUGCUGGGUGGUUAUGGUGAGUUCAUGUACCAAACAGGCAUGAUAGACGAACUCCAACGACAGUAUGUCGUCCAGCAGACAGACCUCGGGGUUAAACUCAUCCAGCAGGAGAAGUGGGUAGAAGCUUUUGAGGUUUUUGAUAGCUUGCUGAAUGGUGAUGUGUCACCAUAUCCCUCCUUCUUCCAAAAUGCUACUGGCUGCACCAACUACUUCAACUACAUGACAUGUCAGGAGCCUGAAGAUCAGGAGUACUUCUCCCAGUUUGUGACCCUGCCAGCUGUGCGACGCGCCAUCCAUGUGGGAAACCUGACGUUCCAUGACGGCUCGCAGGUGGAGAAGCACCUUCUGCAAGAUGUCAUGAAGAGCAUCAAACCGUGGCUCGGGGUGCUGAUGGACAACUAUAGGGUCUUAAUCUACAGUGGUCAGCUGGAUGUAAUUGUAGCAGCCCCGCUGACUGAGAGGUUCCUGCCCACUGUCAACUGGACUGGGUCGGCUGAGUACAAAACAGCCCCUCGCUUCCACUGGAAGCUUCAGCCCAGUGACACAGAGGUGGCCGGUUAUGUGAGACAAGUGAGAGAUUUUUACCAGGUCAUCAUCCGAGGAGGAGGACACAUUCUGCCUUAUGACCAACCAGCGAGGUCCUUUGACAUGAUUGACAGAUUCCUGUCAACACGGGGCUGGAUAUGAAGUGUUUUGGUGCUGCAACACAAAUGAUCAAAGCAUUUCCUCUUUAUAGAGCGUAUUUUUGAUUAUUGACUGUUGAUUUUAGAGACUGUUUGAUUGUCUCAGCCAGGGUAAAUCAGCACGUUGUUGGAUUUGUACAUAUCUUUGCAGCUGAUUUAUAGGUUGGACUGAGCUCUGAUGCACUGCAAAUUAAAUACGUUCUCUUAGCCUGGAUCCAGAUCUGCGAAUCGCCGUCCGCAUCAGCAACUCAAAUAUUACAGAUUAAACAACAACCACUUCAGCCUGUUGUCAGGCCUGAGUGCUAUGGAAAUCAUUUCAUGUCAUCAUUUUUGUUUGAUUGUGUGAAAGGGGGAAGUACAGUUCAUAUGUCAUUCAGUCAGAACAUGCUUGAUGAUGAAACACCUUGAAACUGGAGCUGAAUUGUCAUGAAAUAAAAUGUUUUUUUCUAAA